UCGGAUGGAAGCCUAGUCUUCAACUCCUUAUAUAUCACGCCAAUUAGGUGUUACAUUUGUUUAUUCAUUCUGCUGGACAAAUUGUAAAUGGGGAAAGGGCUGUGACCACCUGCCUCAAAGAGUAAGGAAAGCCCCAAAGAGUCCCGCAAUCCCACUCCUUUUGUCUUCUAAGAAGAGAAAUGGUUGCUCUCUUGUCUUCCUGGCCUUGGGACAACUUGGGGGUCUACAAGUAUCUACUGUAUGGGCCACUGGUAGCCAAGGUCAUCUACUCGAGUGCAUGGGAGCAAGGCAAAGCAGACCAAUGGUGCCUCCAUAUACUAAUCCUCUGCGCCCUCAGAGGAUCCAUCCACCAGCUAUGGAGCUCCUUUCACAACAUGCUCUUCCUCACCAGAAGGCGCCGAGUUCUCAGCGAUGGCGUCGACUUCAAACAAAUCGACGAGGAGUGGGACUGGGACAACUUUCUUAUCCUUCAAUCCUUCAUUGGAGCCUUGGUUUAUUAUAGCUUUCUACCAAUCAGAAAGCUGCCUCUAUGGGAUCCGAAGGGAGCCAUCGUUGCUCUACUCCUCCAUGUGGGGAUCUCUGAGCCUCUGUUUUACUGGGUGCACAGAGCAUUCCACACAGGCUACCUCUUCACUCGCUACCACUCUUUCCACCACUCCAUUCCCGUGCCCCAGUCCUUCACAGCUGGAUAUGGCACACCUUUGGAGCACCUCUUCUUGUGUGUGGUGAUGGGUGUCCCCAUCCUUGGAGCCUGCUUGCUGGGAACCGGCUCUGCUGGCUUGGUCUAUGGCUAUGUCUUGCUCUUUGAUUUCUUAAGGUGCAUGGGGCACAGCAAUGUCGAGGUGCUCCCCCAUGGGCUAUUUGAGGCCCUCCCCUUCCUUAGACACCUCAUCUACACCCCAACAUACCAUAGCCUUCACCACACGGAGAAGAACUCCAAUUUUUGCCUUUUUAUGCCUCUCUUUGAUGUCUGGGGAGGGACAACCAAUAGCAAGUCAUGGGAGCUGCACAAAGAGAUAAAUGAAGGUAAGAAUGAUGAAGUUCCUGACUUCGUCUUCCUCGCCCAUGUGGUGGACGUGUCCUCCUCCAUCCACGUACCGUUUAUUUGUCGCACCUUCGGCUCGAUGCCGUACUCAUUCAAGCCCUUCUUGUUGGUGAUAUGGCCUGCUGCAUUCCUAACAAUGCUCGUAAUGUGGGCGUGGUCCAAAACCUUCUUGGUCUCCUUCUACAAGCUCCGUGGUCGGCUGCACCAAAUCUGGGCGGUCCCACGGUAUGGUUUCCAGUACUUCCUACCCUUUGCUAGAGAUGGCAUCAAUGACCAGAUUGAGCUGGCCAUUCUGAGGGCUGAUAAAAUGGAUGUCAAAGUCCUCAGCCUUGCAGCACUGAAUAAGAAUGAAGCUCUCAAUGGUGGUGGAACGCUGUUCGUGAGCAAACACCAACAUCUCAAAGUGCGAGUCGUCCAUGGUAACACCUUAACAGCCGCUGUCAUCCUCAACGAGAUCCAUAAGGAUGUAAAAGAGAUCUUCUUAACAGGUGCCACAUCCAAGCUAGGAAGGGCAAUUGCAUUAUACCUAUGUCGGAAAAGAAUCCGAGUAUUGAUGUUAACAUUAUCGGCGGAAAGAUUUCAGAAAAUUCAGAAGGAAGCCCCACCAGAGUGCCAACACUAUCUUGUUCAAGUCACAAAAUACCAAGCAGCACAAAGUUGUAAGACAUGGAUCGUUGGCAAGUGGUUAUCACCAUGGGAGCAGACGUGGGCACCUCCAGGUACGCAAUUCCACCAGUUUGUGGUCCCUCCUAUUAUUGGCUUCAGAAGGGACUGCACCUAUGGAAAGCUGGCUGCCAUGAGGCUUCCUCAGGAUGUACAAGGACUGGGAAUGUGUGAGUACACGAUGGAUCGAGGCGUCGUUCAUGCCUGUCAUGCCGGAGGUGUGGUGCAUUUCUUGGAAGGAUGGACCCAUCACGAGGUCGGUGCGAUUGAUGUGGACCGGAUCGAUGUCGUGUGGAGAGCUGCUCUGAAGCAUGGGCUCACACCUGCUUGAUGUAGGAUCCUUCAAACCAAGAAAAACGCCUACCUACAUUUAUGUUCCCUAUGUUUCUUUAUUCUCUCCUGAUGUAACAGAUUCAUUGCAAUUUAUUUUUACAUAAUAAAAACAUAAAUGGUGAUUUUUAUUAAAGAAAUCUAAUCUUGUUGUGGCUCUCA